GACGUUACACACAUCCACUUUUACCACAAAUCUAAUAUACCCCAAUACUCAUUUUGAGUAUCGGGUAUAAAAAUACUUCGCUCGCUUCUCGUUUCUCUCUUAAAAUCUAGAGCAAACUCGUGAUCAAUAGACCUUAACUAAAUAGGUUUUUUGAAUGAUCGUUGACCGAAAUUGAUUAAUAAUGAGUUCUACUCAUAUAGUAUUGGAUAUAUGAAGAGCUUUAGAUUGAAUUUAGUCGUCGUGGCUUCAUGUACGUGAUGUGUUCUACUCCCAAUGUUUUGGUGUACCUCCUGGUCAUGUCCUAUUUCGUCGUUAAGGUAAGUGUAAAGUGUAAAUAUUUGAACAACAAAUUACCAAUUACCUCUAAGAUCGAUUGUCGAGUGGAGUUCACGAACAUAAAGUGCAAUUCUGAGGACAAGGAAUUCUCCGAUUUUGAAUAUUGUUAUCUGAAAUCUGUGAACCGGAGCUACAAAUAUCUAUCGCUGAAAGUCAAUCUGUUUCAAGUUCCUAUUACCAAUGUCUCGACGAAAAUAGGACUGUACAAGCGAUUCAGUGGAUAUAAACCAUUCCUUUACAAUUUAACUGUGGAUGCCUGCAAAUUUCUUAAACAUCAAAAAUCCUUCCCCAUUGUAUCAUAUUUUUAUGAGUUAAUCAAAGAUUUUUCAAAUAUGAAUCAUUCAUGUCCCUACGAUAAUGACAACGGUGACAAUGGCAAGAGGAUAAUUGUUUUACGGUUUUAGCAAAAUGGUAUUAAAGCUAUGUAGUUCCUAAUGCAAAGCUGAUAUUCAAUAGUAGUUAUAAAUUUAAAUGUUAGCUAAAUAAAACAAUGUGAGGAAAUAUUUUAUGGCAACUUGGAAUACACUAAAAUUCAUAUUUUUGUCGUCUGUAUCGAUGUCAUAAAAAAUUCUUCAAUAUAAUUCAAUGCUUUUCAUUAGUCCUUCAAGCAAAAAUAUUGAGGAUCCUACUAUUUUCUUUUAUAUUCUAUUUUUAUAACCGAUACUCAAAAUGAUUACAGGUGUAUAUUCGAUUUUUUCGGAAAAUGCAUGUGUGUAACGCCUAGGAGGAAGCGUUUCCGAACUCAUAAAGUCUAUAUAUUCUUGAUCAGUAUCAAUAGCCGAGUCGAUUGAGCCAUGUCUGUCUGUCCGUCCGUCCGUAAAGGCCACAUUUGUGCCAGGUCAACCUGUCAGGUUUUUUUUUUUUUACUUCAAAAAAGCAAUAUGGGUGUAAACUUAUUUGAAAAAUGCAUCAGGUUCACUUAAAACUUUGCAUAUGAUUUUGGUUUUGUUUUUCAGGAUCCGAAAAACAAAAAUUUUUGGCUAUGGCUAACUGGACAUCUAACUCACCGAUCAUGUUUCGCACCGUGAAAUGAAUAUUCUUCUAUAUUCAGUUGGACCCUUUGACCAGUGGGUGGUGCAGAAGACGCGACUAGACAUAAUGCAAGUUCGCCCGUUUUGUGUACAUAGCUGGGUGUCCUGGACAUCCUUGGGAACUGUGUUCGCGACUGUGGAUGCUGUUUCGGCCAAUAGUUUGCCCGCAUCCGCCAUGCUGAGACGUUUCAGGGACCCACGAUUUAGUCCAACAUGGCGAUGGAACGGCUGCAGCGCAUUGAAGCUAAAAUCAAAUGAACCAAAUGAAACCACCAAAAAUGCCAAUCGGCCGAAAACAUCGAUAUUUUAUAUCAUGCAAAAAUAAUAGCAUACAAAGUCAUAUAUUUUGCAAUUAGUGGACUUUUUACAGAAACCAAGAAUAGGUUUCAGGAGAUACAUAUGUAUAUAGUGACAUAUCCAUAAUUCCCCACAUCCCAUACACAUUAUGUUU